AUUCGAGAGAUUUUUCGAACUCUGACAUCGUUGCAACCAUAACUUGCCUGCAUUAAGGUGCUCCUCAACUGUACCCAUGCCGAGCACCCAUCGACUCUGCCAGUACGAUGCUUCACCAAAGUUUUAGUCCACAAGAAAAGCCGAAACGUACAUGUCGUAACGGAAGCCGUGCGACCUUUUACCGUUCGUGCGCUGGUCUCACGUAGCUUCAUUCUCCUUCUUCCCUAGCCAGCAAAGGCGUCUCCCAAGAUAUCCCAGCAAUUGUCUAUCGGUUAAGAUCAAGGAGUAAAAUGCACUCGGCGCUGUUCUCGUGCUCAACUUUGGCUUUGAUCACGAGUUUGGUCUCCUCAGAGCGUGCCGACUCGAUGAUCAAAUCUCGGUCUGGAUUGAGCCCCUGGGUGGACGUUGACACCCCCGAGAGUGCACUCAACGUCACGUCGUCGCGUGGAGAUACGUGGACGUUGGUCAUGAGCGACGAAUUUAACGUUCCUGGGCGUAAUUUUACGCCCGGUUCGGAUCACAUGUGGACGGCGUUAGAAAUGCCCGACGGUGUCAAUGCAGCUCUCGAAUACUACAGCUUCAAUAUGACCGAUACCGUAACGGAAUCGGACGGUCGUGGUGUCUUCCGGAUAAAGAUUAUGGAAGAGGACAACAUCACCUACACGGUGUGGAACACGUACGCUAAGCCUGCGGGUUUCGAGACCCAUCACAUGUACUACCGAGCCGGUAUGGUGCAAUCCUGGAACAAAUUCUGUUUCCAAGGAGGAAGGAUGGAAGUGGUGGCUCAAUUACCAGCAACAACCAGCUCUAGUAACCCCGAUAUGGGUGACAUCAAAGGUCGCGUCAAGACGAACAGCUUCUAUCCCACGUGGCCUGGUAUUUGGCUUCUAGGAAAUCUAGGACGAGCUCUAUUCUCCCAAUCGACCAGUCGGAUGUGGCCUUGGAGUUACGACGAAUGUGACGAAAAAUUCGAAUCCAGUCAAAGAAUCAGUGCGUGUGACGGUAAUCCAGGAAGUGGAUUGAAUGCUCAUCAAGGACGAGGAGCGCCGGAAAUAGAUCUACUGGAAGGAGGAGGUGUAGCCAUCUCCACAAGUAUCCAGGUCGCUCCUGGAAUGCCCGAUAAAUUCCGUAUCAUUGCUCCCACGGAUGAUAAAAGUCCCUUCUGCGUCUUCACGGCCGAGUGUACUACUAUUGGUGCUAACUUUCCUGGGAUCCCAGCCAAAGCGUACGAAGCUCGAGAUUAUGAAAGCUGGUAUCAAGGACUACGUUCCAACAAAAAAUGUUCCUCUCCGUUAGGUGCGGAAGAACCCAAGAGUAAAGUUAUGGAACCAUUCGAGUAUCAGAUGGACGCCCUGUCCGCUAAUUGGCCAGUUCAGCUCGCAGCAUAUACAAGUUAUGUGAAAUACCAAGUCGAAUGGGUCAUGGGCUCACAAGGUUACAUUCGCUGGAUGGUCGAGGAUAUUGUGAUUUUUGAAAUUCCAGCCGAGUCGGUCGAGAAUGUUCCACAAGAUGCUGCCAAGUCCAACCCUAAGAAACUCAUGUUGGAAGAACCCAUGUACGUGAUUUUCAACGUCGCUCUGUCAACUAGUUGGGGUACCACGCCACCGAAUCCAGGGUCGCCAUGUCGUGGAGAUGGGAGCAAUGCGCAACAUAACGCUAUUUGUGACGGUUUCCCCAUGUUCAUGAAGAUCGACUACAUUCGUAUCUAUCAGGAUCUCUCUUCCAACUCCACGAUGGCUAUCGGGUGUGACCCGUCUACUCAUCCGACUAAACAAUGGAUCGAGGAUCACAUUGAUGAGUAUGAGACGACGGAGAAUAAAUGGAUUGAGGUUCACGGUGGAGCCAAUUGCAAGACUGAUAACGACUUUAUUACGAGCUUGGUUGGUGCAUUCGUCAUUGUGCUUUUGGUCUUUGUGGUGUACAAGAUAAUGGACCAACGCAGCAAGAAGGCGAUGGUGGGAGCUGGGAUUACUCAACCAGCAAUUCUCUCCAAGAUCGAGAUGGACGACAUCCCACGUUCAAAUAAAAGCCAGAGCGGCUCGGAGGAUAAGGUGGUGUAG